AUGCCCUUAUCGGAUGAGCAAAAGUUGGAAUAUGAAUUGUAUCAGAAAGAGGUGGAGAGACAUGAUCCGAGUGAUUUGCUACAAUUCUCUGCUAACUACUUCAAUAAGAGGCUAGAGCAACAAAGGCAGUUUAUGAAGAACCAGGAGGCUUUCGCCAUGUCGAAAGGUAUUACGUUAUUCGGUAAGCCUUCUAGGAGCGAAUCAGUAGUGGCAGCAUCUUCCAGUCUUGGUGGUAAAGGCUGCGGGGAGAAAGAUGUUCUUUUCAAGUCACCAUUUGCGGAUCAAGACCCUCAUUCUACACAUGAGAACGAAAAUUUGAGCUCUGAGAGGUCUUCUCAGUCUGGAUCGGGCGUUGGGUUAUUCAAAGGAGAUUUCAAAGUUGGAAUGGAAGGCAGCAAACGGGUUAAAUCGCCGCUAGACCCGCACAGUGGCAAUUCCGGUGACUCGAGGAGAAGAGGCAAUGUAAAUCAUCAGCCUUUGCCCUUGAAUUUUAACGCUGGAAGGCGUACAUCUGUUAGUGGUGAAACUUUCCAGCCUAACAACUUUGAUGACUGGACUCCUUCGCAUUACUCGGAGAAGAGCGAAGAACAAUUGAAGAGACUAGCUAAAUCCAUUGGAAGGAACUUCCUGUUUAAUAAGUUGGAUGAUGACAAUAAGAGGCUAGUGAUCAAUUCGCUGGAAGAAAAAUCGGUCAAGAAAGGUACGGAAAUCAUUAAACAAGGCGAUGAAGGUGACUAUUUCUAUGUUGUUGAAGAAGGCACAGUCAAUUACCUGGUGGAUAACAAGUUGGUGAACUCUUCAGGUGCCGGGACAAGUUUUGGCGAGCUGGCUCUGAUGUAUAACAGUCCAAGAGUUGCCACUGUGGUAGCAGCUACAGACUGUAUUCUGUGGGCUCUCGAUAGGAUUACGUUCAGAAAGAUUCUACUCGGUAGCUCGUUCAAAAAGAGAUUGAUGUAUGACGAGCUAUUGAAGAGCAUCCCGAUUCUGCAAUCUUUGACCACAUACGACCGUGCCAAGUUGGCAGAUGCCCUAGAUACAGAGUUUUACGAACCGGGACAAGUUAUCGUGCACGAGGGCGACGUCGGUGAGAACUUCUAUCUGAUCGAAUACGGUGAAUGUGAGGUUUCGAAAAAAGGGCAAGGUGUCGUGGCACAGCUGAAGUCCCACGAUUACUUUGGUGAAGUGGCGUUGCUGAAUGACCUGCCUCGCCAAGCUACUGUGACAGCCAAGACGAAAACUAAAGUGGCAACUUUGGGUAAAAGUGGCUUCCAGAGAUUAUUGGGACCAGUUGUCGAUGUCUUGAAAUUGAACGACCCAACUCGAAAGGGCCAUGAUACAAAGUAA